CCCUCCGGUACCUCUCAGGCUCUCGAUCUCACCGAAUCACAGCCCCUUGAUCUUACCUCUGGUUCUCUAGCCCCUGAACAGCCCAAAAAAAAACGAAGAGGCAUGACAGAAGCUGAUCGCCGAGCGCUACAGAGGCACAAGCAAUCCCAUCCUAAAGCUACGUAUACUAAUCUUAUUAAAUGGUUCCAGGACGACCUCAGUACUCAAUUCGAUUACCUUAAUACUAAUAUACGAAAAGAUAUAAGCCUUACGGGUUAAUGUUCGAGCCAAUCUAAUUAGCCUGAUCUUGAAUUAGUACUCUUUAAAUAAUAGCAGAAGAUGCAGUAGCAAAAAGUAAUAAUUACGGGCGAUAUUCUCAAGCAAAAGACAUACGAAAUCUG